AAUGUUUUCGGAUUUGUAAGAUUUUAGAUUUUCAUUUUAAGAUCAACAUUUUGCGGUCAUUAGUUUCAAGAAUUGUAUCAUAAAAUUUAAAAAUUCAAUUUAAUCAUUUCAAAAAACAUUUUUGGAAUACCUCCAUAGUUUUGAAACUGAUGUACUAGGCAUUUUCAAGAACUGCCAGCUAACGAGAAGAUAACUUUACAAGAAUUUAAAAUCUUUGUUAAAUCGCAGGGUCUGAGUGUGUGCGUGUGUGCUGGGUGAGUGUGCGUGUGUAUCUUGUGAACUAUACUACCCAAACGAGAAGUUGCAUUUACAACACUCAGAAAAAAGCAGCCAACAAACAAUUUGUGUGUAUAUAUUUGUAAAGCUUAUAUCUGCUCGAUAGAUCAUUAUCCUAGCUGUUGCUACAUCACACACAGACACACACUCACCCACCCACUUUCACACGCAAGUCGCCAAUUUACUUGAAGAGAGAGUCAUAACUCAAAAAAGCGAUUUUCAAACCGCAUUGCAGCGAAGAUAAAAACCUAAAGUUUUGACAAGUUUACAGAAUACCCAGUAGUAUAAAGCUGCAUUGAUUUUUUGAGCUAUGACACAUUGUUAGUAAAUGAGCAAAAUGCAAAAGGUUGAGCCUAGGAAAUUUGUGAGGGGUCUGCGCCGUGUGCAGACCACGCCCAUUUGUGGGCGUCGAAGGAACCCGCCGGCGGGUUGGAAAUGAAAAUAAGUAAAAUAAAAUGGCAAGUAAGAAAAAGGGCAUGCGAAGAUUAACUUUAAAGCGAAAUGCAGGAGGUCGAGUGGAAUACAAUUAAAUUAAAAGCCUAAUAUUAUCAAUGUAAAAUCGUAUGUAAAAAACAAAAACACAAGGCAGAAAUCUAUAAAAACUGACAAGAAAACCACCCAGAAAAAAUGAACAAAAAAAUACAAAAAAGAAACUGAGAAAUAAAUACAUUUACAUAGAUGUUGCAAAAAUCAAGAGAACCGAAGCUCCUCCCAUGGAUUCCCGAAACCCUCUCUGUAGAUUUGCGUAUCCUGUCAGUGAGCUAGCACCUCUGGUUAUGUUUCUGGACGCCAUCUUCUUUAUACCGACACUGUUCACCUACCUGCUCAUCGGACUGCUCAUCGUCAUCCUGUGCUUCGUGGUGGUCUACAUCAGCCACAAGAUCUAUGUGUCCGUGUACGACAACCUGCCGCUGGCCGCCCUGCCCGGAACCUCACGGCAACAGCUGCUGGGACUGCGACGCUCCAACCAUGCGAUGACCAUGCGGGAGUACCUGGACAACUCGCUACGCAAUCCGCGCUCCAACCAGCCCAGCCUGCGCUCCGUUUGGAUCCAGAACCGCUCCCAGCUCCUGGAGUCAUCGUCGGUCCUGCGCAUAGUGCUCUCCCUGGAGCCCUGCUACCUGGUCAGCGCCGAGUUCGAUGUGAGUUCCAGCCGCAAGGCCAUCAGCUUUCUGUGCAACUGCCGGGAUGGGCCCGUGUGUGCUGCCACAGAGCCGAGGCCGACGGGGUCCGUGCACAUAGUCCGCUUCUUCGACCACCUCUCCAAGAUCCCGCGCCUCAAGGUCAUGCUCAAGUGCAACCAAAGGCGGCCGGAGCCGCGGCUGGACAGCCGGACACAGUUGACCCUCGACGAUGUGAUCCAGGAGGCCAAGGAGAGCCAGGAUGCCCAGUGCACGGACAGCGCCGCCGCCUGUCGACCUGUUGGCUCGCGUCGGAACUCCCGCCUGCCGGAUUAAGAAGGUGUGGCCAAUGUAUGAUACGGGUGUUGGGCAGCCCUAAGCCACAGACUGCUCUCAUGUGGUAUAACUCGUUUUAUUAAAUUGUAUACAAAGAUCAAUGGGGUGGAGGCGCCAGGGUCGUCGGUUGGGUCAGUGGGCCGAGCACUGAGCUCACGCCAGCUUAUGGAAAUCGCGUGACUACGAAGGUGAAAGUCAAUGGAACAGGGGCGUGCGUACGUACUCCAGCAGGGGUUUAGGGGUUCUUCUUUAUUGUUUUUAAGUUUUCUAAAAAGGAGGGGAUCAAUUUUCCAUAAUUAUUUGUUUAAAAAAUACAUUUCAGACCCCUCACGUAUUUUUAAACUAUUUUAAUGCUUUUAUAAUUUUUUUAGAUUAAGAGAUUUUGCAUAAACCAAAAUUGGUUGUAUUUUUAAUUUAUUAUUGCGCAUUUGAUGGCAUAAUAAACAAAUCAACAUUCCCAACAGCA